AUGAUCAACAAGUGUUCUGUGAUACUAGCUGUACUGUGUUCGAUUUUAGGUUCUUCAAUUAUAUCUGCAUCAGAAUUAGAUGGCAAGCUAGAUGUGACCAUUUUCUACGAAACUUUGUGCCCAGACAGUGUCAGAUUUAUAUCAAAUCAACUUUACCCAAACUUUGAAGCUUUGGCGCCGUUCACGAACUUCAAAUUUGUGCCAUUCGGAAAAGCAGCGUUUGCUGAACCAGGUACUAAAUGUGACUUGGGGUUUGCAGGUUUAAUAAAGAGCCCUUUGAAGUCGAUUCUAGUCAUAAUCGACAACACAGUUACUCAAGUUCCUUUCGAGUUGACUUUUCCUUUACUUGUGUAUUUCAUAUAA